AUGGAGCCUAUCCACAUUUCGACCUCGUCCAAAAAGCUGCUCGCCCGGGCGCGGGCGAUCGUACCGCCAAUGCUGGAGAAAUUUCACAAAGGGCAGCUGGGACGUGUUGCAGUCAUCGGUGGAAGCGCAGACUACACUGGAGCUCCAUACUUUUCAGCAAUUGCUUCUGCACGGUUAGGCAUGUCUUACGGACUUCAUUCUGUCUGGCAGUAUUUCAUUGGCCUGAGAGUGUUGCUAACUGAGAUCGACAGGAGCCAUGUGAUUUGCGAGAAAUCCGCAGCAUCAGUCAUUAAAUCUUAUUCGCCGAAUUUGAUGGUCCAUCCCAUCCUCCCCAGUAGUGCAACUGUACCGAACCCCGGAUCUAUCGAUCCUCCUGCUCUGGCCAAGCCCAUCAUUGGCAUGUUUUCGCGACUGCACGUUCUGGUGAUAGGACCAGGCUUGGGCCGUGACGGGGUCACGCAGCGAGUAGUCGAGGAGAUUAUGAAAGAGGCGCGAUCCCGCUCGUUACCGUUUGUCCUGGAUGCGGACGCUCUGUUGCUUGUGACCGAGAAACCGGACCUCGUGAAAGGGUACAAGGAGUGUAUCCUGACGCCGAACGUGGUAGAGUUCAGUCGACUGGCCAAAGCAUUGGGUAUCGAGGUGCCCAGUCAGGCUGACGUGCAGAAGGGCGGCCAGGCUGGGCAACAGCUGUCAGAGGACGAGAAGACGAGCAAGGCAUCAGAGGCCUGUGAGAAACUAGCACAGGCUCUUGGAGGGGUUACAAUUAUCCAAAAGGGACCACGCGAUAUUAUUUCGAACGGUGUGACCAGUCUCGUCUCUGACAUUCCGGGCGGACUGAAGCGGAGUGGUGGGCAGGGAGACACGCUGACGGGGUGCCUGGGGACGUUUCUGGCCUGGCGAUCAGCAUACCACGAGGGAGUGUGGGAUACGGGCGAGAAGGCCAACGACAAGAUUGCGCAGUCGAAGGAGGAGGUGCGGGCGGAGCUUGAGGACCCGAGCAAGAAGAUGUCGCCUACGACGACACUCCUUCUGGUGGCGUAUGCGGGGAGCAGUUUGACGAGAGAUUGCUCCCGGCGGGCUUUCAAAGCGAAGGGACGGAGUAUGCAAGCCAGCGAUCUGACAGACGAGGUGCACGAAAGUUUUCUGUCGUUGAUUGGCGAGCCAGAAGAGUCGAAGCUGUAG